AGUAGCUUGAUGACCAUAAAUCACAUUAACAGUGGAAACCUACUAAUGACCUGAGGAGGGCAGCGAUGCGCCGCUGCUGCUUCCAGUCUGCCGCUAAUUGAAUGGACGAAGAAGAAGAGACCGGAAGAAGAAGGAGAAGGAGAGCAGAGGUUGUUUGUUUACUUUCAUUAAAUGCCGUGAAGGUCUUCAACAAUAAUAAUAAUUAGCCUGCUGACAGUUUCCACUUCCGGUCCACAGCAGCAGUGAAGAGGGAUGCUGCCGCUAGUGGGAGCUGAGCUGACUCCAGUGCAGCUCUACCGACUGCUCCUCAGGUGUUGCAGGCAGUUGCCCACCGCAGCGAUGCAGCGGCAUUAUCGGCACGCCAUAAGACAGGGUUACGUCAGUCACUCGGAUGAAGACGACCCGGAGAGGAUACAGAUGAUAAUCCAAAGAGCUGUCGCAGACGCAGCCUGGGUCCUCGACAAAUACAACAAGAAGAAGUGAUGUUCGUAACCCACGGGGGUCGGUGGAUGGGAUGUUCGUCGUGUUAUUGGUUCUCGUUAUUGUGGAGACGUGAAUGAUGAAGCGACAUCUGGUGGACUGUUUGGACUCGUCAUCAUCUAUAAAGAAGAAGUGUAAAUACUGUUCCUAAGAUUGAAAUGACAUGACUGUACUGUAAUUCUUUUUUCAAUAAAUUAAUUCUCAAUAA